AUGAUAAUAAUAACAGUAAUGGAUAUAAUCUUUGAUGAACAAGGAAAUAUUAUUAGUGGUACUGCGGAAGCGUUGAUUAAACGUUUAAUACCGACCAAAGACUACUGUCCGAAUGGUUCCUAUAUUUUUGCCCUGUUACUGAACAUACGAACAGUAAUAGCACCAUCAGAUUUAUUACACAAAAUAUUGCAGCAAUGUAUGUUUCAACAGAAUGCUACUGGAGAGAAUUUUACCAAAGAAGGGCGUACAAGAAUGUUUUCAAAUAUUUUUAAAGUUUGCUCACAGUGGACCGAGCAUUUUGCUUGCGAUUUUACCGAUAAAACAAUGCGGCAUCGGUUAAUUGAAUUGCUAAAUUUAUUGCCGGUUGACGCAAAAAGUAAACGAGACGUUGAAACAUUAAUGGAAAAUUUGAACAAUAAGGUUUUCAAUAAGUUUUUUCAUUUUAAAUUGAAUGGUUUUUUAUGGGAUACUGAAUCAGAGUUGUUCUUCAUACUAAUGGAACUUUGCUCAGAUCCGGUUGAGUUGGGACAACAGUUAACACAGAUUGAACUUGUGAGUCGUUGUAGCAGUGAUGGUUGUAUUUCGCCUGCAGUAGCCUCCUACAUCGACUGGUUUAAUCAUUUGUCGGUGAUCGUUGCCACAGAAAUUUUAUGCUGUGUCAAACGACAAAAUCGUAUUAAAACAAUUGAAUAUUUUGUGGAAGUGGCCAAAGAAUGUAUUAAUAUUGGAAACUUUAAUUCACUAAUGGCAAUUGUUGCGGGCUUUUCACUAACGCCAGUUGCACGACUCAAAAAAACGUGGAGUCGAGUGGAAAAAAGUCGUCUGGAAAUACUGCAACAUCAGUUGGAUCCAUCAGCCAAUUUCCUCAGUUAUCGAGCAACACUGAAAGCCGCAGUGUGGAGAUGUGACGGAGCGAAAAAUGAGGCUGAAAAAAUUAUUAUUCCAUUUUUUGGACUAUUUUUGAAAGAUCUAUCACUGAUCUAUAGUUGCUGUUCUAAAACGCUGCCGAAUGGUCAUUUGAAUUUUGUGAUAUUUUCACAGCUCAGUGACCACAUUCAAAAUUUUGUUAAAUGGAAAUCAAGGAAAUGUCCGUUUAAAAAGAAUCCUGAAGUAGUCAAUUAUCUGCUAUUAACUCCGACGUUGAUGGAAAAAAGUUUGAUGAAAUUCUCCUAUGAUUGUGAGAGUGCUGAUCAAACUGAAGAAAAGGAACAGUAUAAAAAGCUGAAAUGA